UACUUCAUCUAGUAAAGUAACUUGUUAAGAAAUCAUUAUUUGUAGUAACUCAUGAGAAAUGUGUUUUUACCAGAUGUGGAAUCUACUUCAAAAAAUAUACAUAAAAGAAGAUUGCAUUUUAUGAAUUGUAUUGCAUAAGAGAUUAGAAAAUGAUUUAAAGUCUUUUAGCACCGAUGUUGUACUUUAGUUAAUUUAAGAAGCAUUUUAUCUUAUGCCUUUACAAUGGCUGUAAAAUUGGUCACUUUAUUGGUCAAGAACUUUAGAACCUACACUAGGCUUGAGAUGUUGAUUUAUUUACUGCUUCCCUUGCUAAUGCUACAUUUGGUUUGGAUGCGAUGUGGUCCAAAUCAUGAAAACCCCGUCCAUUGUUUUGCACGGCGACAUGGAGUUCUUGGGGAUAAUGUUAGACUUACUCCACUUUACAAUUCAAUGGAGAGAAUGUCCAAAGAAAGUCCGUUAAAGGAACUUUUAUUGCAUACAAACGACCAAUCUGUGUCAGCCAAAGUAAUACCUACAUUGAAAAAUAUUUUAAAGCUCAAGAAAAUUAUUCAGAUAAAGUCCGAGGGAAAUAUGGAAAAAAAUCUUCGAAAAGGAAAUUAUUUGGGUGGUAUUAUUUGGAAGGCUGAAGGUGAUAACACUGUUGUUACACUUAGAUUUCCCAGUCCAUUGAGAACUAAGCCAAACGAUCUGUGGAACACGGAUAAAUCGGAAUCAAAAGAAAAUAUGCCGACCUCUGUUUACAGAGACGAAGGAUUCCUACAAAUACUAUAUGCUAUUACUGCAAUUCUGAGUCAAUCUGAUUUAAGGAAGCCAGCCCAGAAAUACGAGGGUAAUGAAGUAACAAUCUCGUCAAAUCCAUUCAUUUUGGAUAACAAAUAUAAGAGUGAAAAUAAUGAAAAACUCUUAGACCCAAUUAAAACAAUUCGCAAAAAUAUUUUGGCAUUUUAUUUGGGUAUAUUAUACAUAUAUCCCUUUAUUCGUUUAGUUAUGCAUAUGGUGAGAGAAAAAAGCAAUCAACAAGUGGAUUUAAUGAACAUUUCUGAUUCAAAUCGUUUUCUUCACUAUUUAUCUUGGUUCUUUUCCACUUUUAUUCUACUUACUAUGAUUAAUGUUCUAACAAUAUUUUUAUUAACGGCGCCGAUCUGUGAAAAUGGAAACGUCUUAAAUUGCUCAAGUUUCACAGCCUUGUUGUUUUUCUUCGAAGUCUGGGCAGUGUCUGGCAUUUGCUUUUGUUUUUUAGUAUAUAGCUUAACUCAGACUGUCACUUUGGCAGCGAUUGUGGUUGCUUUUUUUUGCAUACUUAGUUUCUUUUUCUAUGUAUUCUUGCAGCCAAAAUUAUUAAUCUUGCUUUACAUGCUCUGCAUACUAUUUCAUUAUGCAUUUCUAAUGGGGCUGAGUUUAAUUCUUUACUUCGAAUGGUUUGAUAAUACCGGCUUGCAGUGGUAUCAUAUUUCUAAAACAGAAAAUGCAUUUAGUCCUACUACAAAUAGUGAAGACUUUACUUAUAAUUUCGCUGAUAUUAUUUUAAUAAUGCUAGUAGUAGCAUUUACAUCUUUACUACUUUGCCUACUGAUUGAGUUAUGUUUUCCGGGACGGUAUGGAAUUUCAAAAUGUAGAAGAUCGAAACCUGAUAACCGUACGAAUCAGCAUGAAACUCCAGCAGUUGUUCAAGCCAAUAUGUUGCGAAAACUGCAAAGAAGAAAGGCUCCCCUAAGGAAUUUUACCAUGAAUAUGUACGAUGAUCAAAUAACCGUUCUAUUGGGUCUUUCCGAUUCGGGAAAGUCGGCAGUGAUUAAUUCAAUCACGGCUAGUAGUCCUCCAGAAUCAGGGUGGAUUAAAGUGGACAAUAAAAACAUCUUCAGUACAAAUAGUUCCAGAACUUUUUUGGGACUAUCGCCACAGCACAAUGCUUUAUACGAUUCCUUGACGGUAAAACAGCACGUGGACUUUUACACAUCUCUGCGAAAUUCUCCUAGAAAAUACAGAAGUAAUUCCAUGAACAACUAUUUAAAAGCAUUGGAUCUCUGGAUCGUAAGGAAUGUGAAGAGUCGAAAUUUAUCAGAAACGGACAAAAAGAAACUAUCGGUGGCAUGUGCCUUUUGUGGAAAUCCAAGAAUCCUUGUCUUGGACGAACCCACCGAAGGAUUGGAACCCUGUGAGCGGAGAUUACUGUGGGAUUUACUGCAGUCUGAGAAACGAUGUCGCACUAUAAUAGUAGCCACUUACCAAAUCGAAGAAGCGGAUGUUCUGGCGGAUCGAGUGGCUAUAUUAUGCGAUGGGCAAUUAAUAUUCAAUGGAACCUCUGUUUUCUUGAAGAACUCUUACGGGUCCGGCUAUCAAUUGGUAUGCUCGCAGGGUGAAAUAUGUCCCGAGCCACAGAUAUCCUCGUUGGUUACGAAAUAUAUACCCGAUUCCUGUGCCUCCUGUGACAAGCCUUGCGAAAUAGCCUACAAUAUUCCGCAAUCCAGUUGUUGUGGAAUUGUGCCCCUGCUUAAAGAGUUGGAGCUAUCCGAAAAGUGUGGCAAUAUGGAAUCCAUUCAAAUCGGAACCACUCCGGUGGUAGAUAAAUUUGUAAAUGCCACAUCGGCUGGCUGCAACUUAAACAAGUGCAGUAACUUAUGCAACCUACCAGAACCGGAUGAAUGUCUGCUAAAGGGACAAAAAUUGUGCAGGAAUCAAUGGAAAGCGAUGAUAUUAAAAAAGUUCUACCACAUCAAACACAACCCGUUGUUGUUCUUUGGUCUUCCCUUGCUGUUGCUUUUGACCUUUGCGGCGAUACUUGCUUAUUUUUAUAAAUCACCUGAUUUACCCAAACAUUAUUAUGCAGAUAAGAGAAACAUGGCACAGGAGAGCGCUCGAAAAUUGGAUUUAGAUUCUUAUGGAGAAGACUGCACUUAUGCAUUUGUGGAAAGUGAAAGCGAUCAGCAUCCCCUAGUACCGCUUUUAAAAAAUAAAAUACAAGGCUGUUUAGCUGAUGAAAUAUCACAAAAUGAUCUAGAUAAAAAUCAAGAUAUGUUAAAUGCUAAAUAUGUCUUUGCUUUGAAAAUGGAAAAGUGCGAAUAUAAAAUGUUUUAUAGUCGGAAGUACCUGCAUUCUGAGGCGGUGGCCGCAGCACUUAUGGGAUAUUUGGCAAAUGGUGACUUAUUGGAUAGAUUUUGCUCGGGCUAUGAGAGGGAAGCCAAAUUGCUGGAGAAAACCAUUGAUUUUUAUAAUCAUCCCUAUCGCCCAACUCAGGAUACUGAAAACUCUACCCCAUAUGAAAUCGAAUGUUCCAAGAGGGGUGCAUUAUACUUACUACUUUUAUGCCUGAGUAUCUUUACUGGGUUUUUUGCUGCAUACAUUAUAAGGGAACGCAUCAUUGGAUUUAAACUUAUGCAACAAGUUGAGGGCAUAAAUAUGGCAACAUUUUGGCUCUCCCAUUUAAUUUGGGACUGGAUGUGGCUUUCUCUGUUUUCAACAUUACUAGUGGUUUUAAUGACCACAAUUCUACGUAGAAGUUUCAAUGAUGCAACGGUUGCCUAUAUAAUUGCGUUGAUGUUUUUCAAUCUGGCACAAUUGCCUUUCUUGUAUCUUUUAUUGCAUCUCUUUAAUCGCCAAAUUUAUGGCUGGAUAAUACCAAUACUUUUACUGCUUCUUUUGGCCAUACCGUUCGAGCUUGGAGCUCCGGAUAUACCAUUUGGAGUUCUCUAUUUAUUACCCACUUAUUCAGCGAUUGCACUGCUUCAUAGAAUUUGCAUUCAGGAAGAAAUGCGCAAAGUUUGUGAAGGAAGCAACUCAAAUUUGUAUGAUGAAUGCAAACAACAUUCACACUGGACUGGAUUACUAUAUGUUUUGAUACUUACUUUUUUAGCCAUACUUUACUUUAUACUGCUCAUGCUGUACGAAAAAGGCUUUCCUUGUAAAACAAAGCAGAGAACUGCUGGUGAGGUAAACAGGAUGACAAGAAACGAAAUGCGAAACCACACCCUACUUGUGGAAAAUGUAAGGUCAAACCAGUCUAGAAGAUUGAUAAGAGAUAUAUCCUUUGGUCUGAAGCCUAUGGAUGUUCUCGGGUUGGUUGGCGAAAGAUCUGGCAAGACGAACAUUAAUAAAAUGAUUAUAUCAGAACGCGAUUUGUCAAGUGGUCGUAUUUCAGUAAAAGGAAUCGAUGUUCAAGACAAAAAGGAGAAUAGAUAUCACGCAUUCAAAUACAUAGGCUAUUGUCCCCAAAUAGAUUACUUUGAGCAAAAGUUUACGGGAAGAGAAAACUUAAAAGUAUUUUGCCUGAUUCGAGGUAUAAGGUCGGAAAAAGUGCGGGAAGUAUCCGAAGAACUGGCAGAAAAUCUUAACUUCAAGGAUCAUCUUGAUAAGAAAUCGGAGAUGUACACUGUAAGUGAUAAGCGAAAGCUGAGUACAGCAAUAGCUGUGAUUGGUACACCUCCCCUAAUAAUUCUGGAUGAACCCACCGCUGGAGUUGAGAAGGCACAUCGAUCCGAUGUUUUGGACGUCCUGAAGAGCGUGAAUAAUUGCGGCAGUUCGAUUUUACUAUCCUCGAACAAUAUUGAAGAUUUGCAGUCCCUAUGCAAUCGAUUUGCUUUGAUAAAGCGUGGAAAACUCAUUGAAAUCGGACCAGUCGAGAGCUAUAGAAACCAAUCUAUUCGUGGCUUGAUUUUAAUGGUCAAGGCUAGACCUCAUGCAUUGGUUCACGAAUUGGGGUAUGGACGAGCAGAAAUAAGUAAUCAUGCUGUAAUUAACGAUAUUGCACGAUUUUUGAUUGCCAAUUUUGGAAAUGUUUACUUACUAGAAGAAAUACAAGGCGAUAUGUUGUUUUACAUUCACAAUACCACAGUUCCCCUGGCCAAAGCCUUUCAAAUAAUUGAGAAAAACAGGCAUGAGCUUUACAUAUCGGAUUUCUAUUUGAAACAUGAAAACAUGGAACUAUCUUUUGUGACUCAAAACUUUAGAAUACUUCGGUGA